CAAGUCAGAAGAGGGUGGCUGGAAUUGAACUGCUACCACUGAGGGGGGUCAAGCCAGAAGAAUGGCGACCUGCUUGCCUCACAUCCUGACUGGCUCAACAGCUGUGUGCAGUCGGCUUGCUAUUGUUAUCAAGCGAAAAAAUGCAGCACCGGACCCAGAAAAAUCACUGUCCGCGAGAGCAGCUGCCAUUGCUUGCAGGUGUGCCUUCUGUCAUCAGUGUCAUAGUUGCAAUGUCGAGCAAGAAGCAGCCAUUGAUUCUGCAAUCGGCCGCAGAAGCAGCGCUUUCAAUGACGUAGGAACCGCCGCGUUAGUCAUUGGCCGGUCCGCAUCAUCAUCAUCACCUUUCUGCUCCUCCAUCAGAAGGAGAAGGAGGUCGCCGCCUUACGUUGGGAAGACCAGGUGCGUUGCAACAACCGCUGGAGCUCAACAACAAGCUAGUGAGCCUUCGGGAGCAGACUCUGCUGCUGCUGCGGAUGCGGCGGCAGAGGCGGCUAGCUUGUCAGAAGCUCAGCAGCAAACAGGUGUGAUCAUGACGUACACUCACUGGGAGCAGAAUAGCUUCCUUCUUGAGAUUGGCGGAGUGCGAAUCGCGGUGGAUCCAAUAAUCGGAGACCUUGAUUUCGGCUUGCCGUCUCUCGUUGCUGUCAAGAAGGUAGCGCUUGCCGGAAUGACUGUUAAGGAUAUCCCUGAGGUGGACUGCAUUCUCAUCACUCAGGGUUUCGAUGACCACUGCCACUUGCCGACGCUUCGAAUGUUGGCCAAGGACAGGCCUAAUGUCCCCGUGAUUGCCGCCGUCAAUGCCAAGCGGAUGAUGGACGGGUUGUUCCGAAACACCACGUAUCUCGAACACGGGACGACAACCGAGGUCCGCGGACAAGAGGGCGCAGCUGCAGCAGUCGUUAGCAUAACAGCCACAGUUGGCGAUCUGAUCGGCCCACCGUGGCAGCUGCGCGAGAACGGAUACGUCCUUUCUGUCGCACGUCCACCCAAUGCCAAGUUCACCUUGUAUAUGGAACCGCACUGCAGGUGGGGAGGUGAUCUUCCUGAAGAGAAGAUCGACUGUGUAAUUACCCCUGUCGUCAAGGCGGUCGUCAAACCGGUGGGUUACGCAAUAGUGGAGGGUAUGGACUCUGCAGUCAAUUUGCUGAGGAAACUCAAACCCAGGUAUGUGAUUCCUCUCCGCAAUGGCUCCUCCAAACUGGAGGGGUUGCUUAGCCCGGCUUUUGGUUCCGAGGGUUCGAUUCCGGAGUUCAUCGAGAUCUUACGCAGGGACGGUGGAGAUGCUGCGAAUGCGGAAGUGCUUGUUUCCAAUCCUGGAGUGCCUUUGCAGAUCCCCUUUUAAUACCACCACCAUCAUCACCAUGAGCACCACCAGCACCACCAGCACCACCAGCACCACCAGCACCACCAGCACCACCAGCACCACCAGCACUGCGGAAGUGCUUGUUUCCAAUCCUGGAGUGCCUUUGCAGAUCCCCUUUUAAUACCAGCACCAUCAGCACCACCAGCACCACCAGCACCACCAGUACCACCAGCACCACCAGCACCACCAGCACCACCAGCACUUCCAUUGGCGCGAUCAGCACAAUCAGAAGUCAAUCUUAUUUAUGAUGACGUUCUACAGGAGGCGUGUGGGGAAUGUCAUUGAUAACUACGAUGCUGGCACAAGAGUUGGUUGAACCACCACCAGUACUUUUUAAAGUAGUCGUGCCCGUAUGUACGGGCCAGUACAGGAGGGCCCAAAUUCAUCCGACUACUAGACACAUUUCUAAUCGAUAAGUUUUUUUUUCUGUGGGCCGAUAGCUGGGCCAAGUACUGGUGAAUCAUACUGAAUGAUAAUGGACAAUAUAAUAAUAUAUGGUAUAGUAUUUGGCAGGUAAUUGAACUGGUUGGGCUUAACGAAUUAGCCUUUUAAAAAAGACAAAAAAAAAAAAAAAAAAUCAAUGUCCACAGCGAGCCUUGCACCUUUCACCAGAAAGGAGCCAAGAGGAGUACCUGCUGCUCCCAAGAACCUGACCUCUUUCUGGUACAAAAUGCAUAAUCUCCCUGCCCACACUCUCCACUCGGCAAGUUUCCUCUAGCUUGACUGUAAAUGGGUUACGGGUCGUACUCACCCGAAGGCAACCCAACCCACUCGAAGUCUGUGGCAAUCGUUUCUGUGCGUACUCACUCGCGCAUGGUAGGGUCUUUGUCGGAUUUAAUUGCAGCAAAUGCACAACAACAAUGCCCAGUCUGGAACGCGAUCGGAAUUCGGAAUGCAACCUGGUGAGACUUCAAAAAAAAAAAAAAAAAAAAAAAAAAAAGACAAUGUGGUGUUGAGCUCAGCGAUUCACAUGCACUCACUCACUCUCAGACUGGGGGCAAGCAUAGUGACGGUGGUGUUCUGGCUGACCGCAAGCGUAGUGAUCAGCUCAGCGAUGAGCAUGUGCUCACAAGCAAUGGCAUGUGUUCCCACUCUGGCGGCAAGCACAUUACCAUGUGGUGGCCAUGAAGAUAUAUAGCCAUGGAAGGAAAUUCUUCGGAGGACCAAGCUGCAAUAAAGUAAUUUGAGGGCUGCAGUAAGUUGACAGCGGUCAAGUACUUAAUUUUUGUUUUGACUGCUGUCAGUAAUUUCAGGGCUGCAUUCUGCAGUAAGAGGGGACUGCAAGGAUGAAGUUCGAUGGAUAGUCUCUGAGUUUAUAUCCCCCUCCUCCUCUGUCUCAUGCUUCGUAGUACUAUGAAUGAAUAAAGGAGAAAGAAAAGAAGGGUGCGCGUACAGUACAUGAUCUGGGCUGGCAGGGUGUAUGGCUGUCGCCCUGUGAACGCUGAUUUCGCUGAUGACAGUCUUCAUUGACACUUCUGGAGGGUAAGCUGCUGGAGAGUAAGGAUGGCAAAUGAUUUGGCGAGUGUCAGUGUCAGUUGCAAUCAAUGACAUGUGUUGUUGUGCUAUUAUUGAGCUGCAAUCAUGGGCCCUCUGGGUCCACCGCGCUGAUGCACGCGGGUAACCGUGUGUGUUUACAUUGAAGUGUACAUAUGUCCUAGGGAUUUCGAAAUCAUUUCAUCAAUGUCAUAAUUUUACUUAGGUCGUCAGAAAGAAAAUGGUACACAAUUCUCUGCCUGAAUGCAUGUAGAGGUAGUAGCUAUGGAGUUCGGGGUGCUCUUCCUUUCCCUCAACGGGGAUAGCAGCCAACAUUUUCGCCUCCAUCAAGAUUCGAACUCCUGAUCUGCGCGUCAACAACGACGUGAAUUCUUGUAGGAUUCAGGCACAACUCAGGCAUUACCCUGCCAGUGAGGAGAGCGGGGGGGGCGGGGGGUCGGGUCCCACCUAGGAAGUCCUCUUGAUGUGCUCGACGUGUAGUUUCUGAGGCUGGAUGGCAUGAAGGAGCACACCGAUGGCCUUGCGCCGAUUGCCUUCCAAUCGCUUUUACUUUUUUGUUAUUUUGUAAUCAUCUUAUUGGCAUGAUUCCUUAUAGUUUUACAGUGACAAGUCAUUUUGUGGUCACCUUCGGUCUUUCAUUAUGAUCUCUUUUUAUUGGGGUUACUAUGGUGGGGUUUCAAACUCAUAGAAGACAGCGACCUUUCAGGUGGGAUUUUGCAUGCAUAUUAAUACAUGCGGUACGAAUCAAAAUUUCAAAGUCGAGACUGUAGCCUUUUCGAGACUGUAGCCUAGUAUGCUAGGGGCAUGAGACCGGGCAUAGUCCUGGGACCUGGGACCUGGGACCUGGGAGUGAGAACAACACAGCGAAUUCCGGAACUAGUUAGGUUGAUAACUUGAUAGUGUCCUCUGGAUUCAGGAAUGGAUACAUCAUAGAAGUAGGAUUGGAGUUGUUCAUGAAGUACAUAUUAACUUUAUUAUUAAUUACAUACUAGAGUUUUUUCUUAAAAAACAUAUUAGUUUUUUGAACUUUUUCCCCUAAAAGCUUCUGAACUAGUUCUCAAUCGAGGCCGGUUAAAUGGUCAUUGCUCUCACCUUGAAUUGUGUGUUUUUGCAUUAGCUGAAGCCGGGUAAUGGCCCCGGUACUGUAUGAAUAUGGUAUGGGACGCUGGGCCCGGUUCCCAGCAUGUGCUGCUCCCAACGA